AUGGAGGAGGCCAGGCUCAGAGAUCCCCGUUCCGCAGGUGAGAUGAACGUGGGCGUGGCGCACAGCGAGGUGAACCCCAACACGCGGGUCAUGAACAGCCGUGGCGUGUGGCUGACGUACGCUCUGGGGGUGUGCGUCCUCCACGUGGUGCUGCUCAGUAUCCCCUUCUUCAGUGUCUCUGUGGUCUGGACCCUCACUAACGUCAUCCACAACCUGGGCAUGUAUGUGUUCAUGCAUGCAGUCAAAGGUACACCGUUUGAGACCCCAGACCAGGGAAAGGCUCGACUCCUGACGCACUGGGAGCAGCUCGACUACGGCGUCCAGUUCACCUCCUCCAGAAAGUUCUUCACCAUCUCUCCUAUAGUCCUAUAUUUCUUGGCGAGCUUUUACACAAAGUACGACUUGAUCCAUUUCGUGAUAAACACGGUGUCUCUGCUGACCGUGCUGAUCCCCAAACUGCCUCAGCUCCACGGGGUCCGCAUCCUGGGCAUCAACAAGUACUAG